AGAAGGCAUCAUCGAAGACGGUCGUUCAUUUGGAGAUUUUGAGAAGAAGUGGUAUGAUGAAAAUUAUUAAUGGACUACGUCCAGGUAAUUACUUCGAUACACACUAGACUCUGAGAGUUUUAGCCUGCACACAUACGAUUUUGGGUUCAGAUCGCACGGUCAAUGUAUAAUCCUUUUGAUACAUCGUUUUUCGUACGGAAAGCAUGCUUUCUUUGGGACAGUUAUUUUUUAACAGAAAAAGUUGGCGGUGCUUAGAGUAGAGAGUCCACUUUUCGGGUAAAAAGUGUGGGCUUCAACUCCAGUCUCUUUCCUCUUUCUGGCAGACUUGUCUCUGAGAGAAAACGCAUUUCAGUUUCGAUGAAAUUGGUCUUCUAUUAACUGGAACUCUUCCGAAAUUAUCAAAGAAAAAGACCUAUAUGCGGUUAAUACACGUACUGGGUUUACCCAAAUUUUUUCUUUUAAAAUCAUUCUAUAAGACACUCAUUAUUCUGACCAUUCUGUACGCUUUCAGGCUUUCGUCCACCUCACAGAAAUACUGUACAAGGAUCACUCAGACGUUUAUAUAACAAUAAAAGAAGUGCAUUGAAACAACAGUUGAAACUUGUUUCAAAUCUGUGUAUUACUACAGACUUUUGGUCUGAUAAAAGAGCCAAAUCUUAUUUGGGUAAGCUGUUAACGGGACAUUUCGUUACAAAUGACUACAAAUUCAAUUCAACAGUACUAAGUUUCACAUCAUUCAGUCAGCAACAUACGGCCGUUAAUAUUAAUGAGGCUAUUAAACAUGAAUUACAAAAAUUACACAUUGAAAAUAAAGUUAGUACAGUUACGGCAGAUGGUGCUGCCAAUAUGAGAUUGGCAUUAGAUGUAUUGAACACAGAUACAAAAAGAAUUUGGUGCAUGGCACACCGUCUCCAUUUAGUCGUUACAAAUGGUCUUUGUCUAUGGUUGAAAAAUCGCAGUAGUGGUGAUGAUGAAGAUUUUUAUGAUGAUAGUAUGACAUUAAUUUCAACAGAAGAUGAUAAUGAUAUUCAAAAAAAUAGUUCAGCAACAACAAUGAACAGUUCAAAUCAGCAACAAGAUUAUAACGAUGGUGAGAUUAUAAUGGAUAUAGGUAAGGGAGAUAGUUCGUUAGAGGAGGAGGAUGACAAUGAUGAUGAAAUAGAAGAUACCGAUGAUGGAAUGAACGAUCAUUGGGAUGAAGGUGUGAUAUGUGAAGAAAAUGGUGAUAUAGCAACUUCUGUAAGAUCGACGACUGGAACAACAACAACGGAAAUAACAUCAGAAGAACAAGAAUACAUUGGUGCCACGGUUAAAAAAAUGAGAACAAUUACUAAAAUGAUUACUAAGUAA